GAAACAAAAGGUAAUAUAAUCUACAUGUCAAGUAUCAGAACCACGAUACCGCAACCGGAAGUAGUAGUUUACUGCAUGGCAAAAGUAGCUAUUGAUAUGCUUACAAAAUGUCUAGCCAAAGAAUUAGGUCUUCACGGUGUAAGAGUGAAUGCCAUCAAUCCUGGCUUCAUUGAUGAUACCAAUAUUCUUCGUAAUAGUUCUAGGAAGUUUACAGAUGAAGACCAAAAGAAGUUUGCAAACAAGUAUGCAAAUCUGGCACACCUAAAGAGGGCCGGAAAACUAUCAGAUGUUGUUUCCCUCUUGCUCUUCUUGGCAUCAGAUGAAGCAUCGUACAUUACCGGAAGUAUCAACAAUGUCGAUGGUGGAUAUCAUUUAUAUCCUUGAUCAAUAUUCUUCCUUCUCUGAUAUAAUUCAGAUUUCAGACUUUUAGUGUAAUUAAUAGCAAUUAUAUUUUCAGUCUUUAUUUUGACAUUCCCUGAUUAAAAGAUGCAUCAUUUUCAGAAUAAAAAUUGGAAUGAGAUUUCUUGCUUUUUAAUAUUAAUUGCAUGUUCGUGUUAAUAGACAAUCGACCAUUAAGACCCAACAAUUCAAAAACAAAAAAGGGCGAAUGUCAGGGCCU